UGAAACGCCUCUCCCCGCCCUCCGGGUGGCAAAAACGCAGUCACGCUUGACGGCACGAGGUGGCUCAGCCGCAAGAUGGCGGCGCUGGCGGAGGAGCAGACGGAGGUGGCGGUCAAGCUAGAACCCGAGGGUCCGCCGACGCUGCUGCCUCCUCAGGCGGGCGAUGGCGCGGGCGAGGGCGGCAGCGGCGCUCCCAACAACGGCCCCAACGGCGGCGUUGGAAGUGUAGCUGUGGAAGACCAGCCAGAUGUCAGUGCUGUCUUGUCGGCCUACAACCAACAAGGAGACCCCACAAUGUAUGAAGAGUACUAUAGUGGACUGAAACACUUCAUUGAAUGUUCUCUGGACUGCCAUCGGGCAGAAUUAUCCCAACUCUUUUAUCCUCUGUUUGUACACAUGUACUUGGAGCUAGUCUAUAAUCAACAUGAAAAUGAAGCAAAAUCAUUCUUUGAGAAGUUCCAUGGAGAUCAGGAAUGUUAUUACCAGGAUGACCUACGAGUAUUAUCUAGUCUUACCAAAAAGGAACACAUGAAAGGGAAUGAAACCAUGUUGGAUUUUCGAACAAGUAAAUUUGUUCUGCGUAUUUCCCGUGACUCGUACCAACUCUUGAAGAGGCAUCUUCAGGAGAAACAGAACAAUCAGAUAUGGAACAUAGUUCAGGAGCACCUCUACAUUGACAUCUUUGAUGGGAUGCCGCGUAGUAAGCAACAGAUAGAUGCGAUGGUGGGAAGUUUGGCAGGAGAGGCUAAACGAGAGGCAAACAAAUCAAAGGUAUUUUUUGGCUUGUUAAAAGAACCAGAAAUUGAAGUGCCUUUAGAUGAUGAAGAUGAAGAAGGAGAAAAUGAAGAAGGAAAACCUAAAAAGAAGAAGCCCAAAAAAGAUAGUAUUGGAUCCAAAAGCAAAAAACAAGAUCCCAAUGCUCCACCUCAAAACAGAAUUCCUCUUCCUGAGCUGAAAGAUUCAGAUAAAUUGGAUAAGAUCAUGAAUAUGAAAGAAACCACCAAACGAGUACGACUUGGGCCGGACUGCUUACCUUCUAUUUGUUUCUAUACAUUCCUAAAUGCUUACCAGGGCCUCACUGCAGUGGAUGUCACUGAUGAUUCUAGUCUGAUUGCUGGAGGUUUUGCAGAUUCAACUGUCAGAGUGUGGUCUGUGACACCCAAAAAGCUUCGUAGUGUUAAACAAGCAUCAGAUCUUAGCCUCAUAGACAAAGAAUCAGAUGAUGUCUUAGAAAGAAUCAUGGAUGAGAAAACUGCAAGUGAGUUGAAGAUUUUGUAUGGUCACAGUGGGCCUGUCUAUGGAGCCAGCUUCAGUCCCGAUAGGAAUUACCUGCUUUCCUCUUCAGAGGAUGGAACUGUUAGAUUAUGGAGCCUUCAAACAUUUACUUGCUUGGUGGGAUAUAAAGGACACAACUACCCAGUAUGGGACACACAGUUUUCUCCAUAUGGAUAUUAUUUUGUGUCAGGGGGCCAUGACCGAGUUGCUCGACUCUGGGCCACAGACCACUAUCAGCCUUUAAGGAUAUUUGCUGGCCAUCUUGCUGAUGUGAAUUGUACAAGAUUCCAUCCCAAUUCAAAUUAUGUGGCUACUGGCUCCGCAGACAGAACUGUGCGGCUCUGGGAUGUUUUGAAUGGUAACUGUGUAAGGAUCUUCACUGGACACAAGGGACCAAUUCAUUCCUUGACAUUUUCUCCCAAUGGGAGAUUCCUGGCUACAGGAGCAACAGAUGGCAGAGUACUCCUUUGGGAUAUUGGACAUGGUUUGAUGGUUGGAGAAUUAAAAGGCCAUACUGAUACAGUCUGUUCACUUAGAUUUAGUAGAGAUGGUGAAAUUUUGGCCUCAGGUUCAAUGGAUAAUACAGUCCGGUUAUGGGAUGCCAUAAAAGCAUUUGAAGAUUUAGAGACUGAUGACUUUACUACAGCCACUGGCCAUAUAAAUUUACCUGAGAAUUCACAGGAGUUAUUAUUGGGUACAUAUAUGACCAAAUCAACACCAGUUGUACACCUCCAUUUUACUCGAAGAAACUUGGUUCUGGCUGCAGGAGCUUAUAGUCCGCAAUAAAUCAACGGUAUUAAAGACCUUUUGGAAGCUACUGUUUGAAAAAGGGAGACUAAAAGCAAAUACCUCAGUGUUUAAUAUUUAAGCUACAAAGAAUGUUGUCUAUAUGGAUCUUGAAGUAUGCUGCUUUGAAAAUCUGAACAGGAUAGUUCCACGUUUUUAUAGCAACCACGUUUAACUAAUUUCCGUUAGUUGAAUAAGAGGUAUUACGUUCGUGGAAGAGACAUUAUGGUGCUUCGGAUUGUGUGGAAACUAUGCAUUUUCUGUUCAAAUGCUAUUUUAAUUUAUUAUGUUUAGAAAAAAGAAGUUUGAGGAAAUUCAUCCUGCUUCAAGAUUCAAAUUAAGAAAUACCAUCUUGAAUUUUAGCUGAAGACUUCUACGAGCAUGUGUAUUUUCUGCUGUAAAAUGAAGUUACUGUAUGCACUCAAGUACUAUGUUAAAUGAUCCACUAACAUGUUUUUCUUGACCUAUAAUUAGUGGAAUGUAUGUAAAUGAGUACAGGGAACAAUUCCUUCCCAAGAUCUAGAGAAGUACAACCAUCCACUGACAUCUCAAUUUAAACUAUUUGAGUGCACUAAACACUAUAAACCUGGUGAAGAAGUUUAGCUUCCAUAUUCUACUUCAGCUAAAAUACAUACAACCUAGUACACUUGAAGUCAGACAGACAUUUCAGUUGCUUACCUCCAGUACUGAGCCUUGCUUUGGAAAACUAAGAUUUAGACCAAGUCACUGCCAGUUUUUGCCUUUGUUGCAUUUUGUACAGUUUUUAUAUUUUUGAUAUCUUGUAAAUAAAGACAACCAGCUUUUUCCAGGUUCAUAA